GUGCUCCAUUGACUCCGGUUGUACCCCCUAGUCAACCACUCUACUGCUUUCUUUCAUCUAUGACCUCACUUCAUUCCAUCCCACGAUAAAAUCGCUGCAGCCAGGUGCUAUGCGCAUCGGCUACAUAUUAUCUUCUCAAUGUACAAUAUUCGUCGUAUCAGUAUUGCGGUCCUCGCCGUCCUUAUCGUUGUCUUCAUAACUACCACCUUGCCUCGGGUUCUCAACCCUGUCCCACCCGACAAAGAAACCCGCGACGCUGACCAGCAAUGGAUUAAUACCUCUCCGCACUGGCUUGAUCGUCAAACUUGCCGCUGGCUUAGUCUUUGCGGCUUAUUUCACCUAAAAAAGGAUCCUCCGGAGAAGCCGAAGGACGACGGCCGCAGGCACGAGUUGAGACAUGUCAUAGGAGAGGCAUCAGAAAUCGCGUGGAGAGGAGGAAAUGACGGUGACAAGAAGCAGUUGAGGAACAUUCCGGAAUACGUGCUGAACUAUGCUCCGCUGGUUCAUCUCUACUCGCAAGAGUUCUUCUGGCCCUCUGAUAUUGCCGAACACAUCAAACAUGUGGUACCCGAUCUCGACGAAGACGCAUGGCCGUCUAACGGGUCCCAGACCUUAACCCUGUCAAACCUAAAUGAGCUGAGCUCUGAACUUGGGUUCCAACAUCUCAACAGUAAAGAUAACGUCGAAUCUCGGCCGAAGUGGCUUCACAGCAAGGACAGCAGGCCGAUCGCUUUUAGUGACGAGGAUGAUAAAGAUGAUGGGAAGGAUGAGGUUUCGGAACCUGAUCGAUGGCCUACCGACGAUACUACAUGGUUUGAUGUAGAUAGGGAUCACCCUCUACAUAGAAUUUCGGACCCGCGGAAACUUCCUGGUGGCAUCCCACAGAGACUGACACGGCGCUCGCGUAUCCUCCGUUCUCGUGACCAACAGAGGCUUAUAUCCCAAGCAGCGCAAGACUCACAGAAUGAAGGGAACAAACCGGAUGAGUCUGGGUACUCUCGCGCUCCAGUUACACUCGUUUUAGUAGAUAAGGGAUCUGGCAUCGUUGAUGCAUUUUGGUUUUUCUUUUACGCGUACAACCUAGGGCAAACGGUCUUAGGCACUCGUUACGGAAAUCAUGUCGGCGAUUGGGAACAUUGCAUGAUUCGCUUUGAAGCCGGCAUUCCCCGUGGGGUCUUCUUCAGCGAGCACGAGGGCGGGCAGGCGUAUGCUUGGGAUGCCGUAGAAAAACGUGGUAACAAGUCUGAGAUACAAAGGCCAGUUAUUUACAGUGCUGUGGGAUCACAUGCCAUGUACGCCACGCCCGGAAAUCAUGCGUACGUGCUUCCGUUCGGGAUGCUAAAGGACGUUACGGAUCGGGGCCCACUUUGGGAUCCGUCCAAGAAUUUGAGAGGCUAUUGGUAUGAUUAUACUACUACCAAGGACGAUGAAGGCUUAGAGCCUGUGGAGGAGAAUGCCGAUGCGCCCACGAGUUGGUUUCAUUACAACGGAACCUGGGGCGACAAAUUAUUCGGCUUAGAUGACGUGCGGCAAUGGCGUUUAUUCGGACAAUAUCACUACGUGACUGGCCCGCAAGGGCCCAAAUUCAAGAACCUCGGCAGGGAAAGAGUUUGUCAAACUUGGAGGUGUCGGAUUAUACACAGCAUAGCAGAGGGCAAGAAGGGGAGCUGGCAUUCAUAAGUAUACCAUAGACAGCACUACAGGCGUUACCGGGAUUAUAUACCCCAGCUGCAGUUGGGCUGGCUAACUAGACCUUGAAUUUCACGACUAUAUUUUGGAUCCAUCUGUUUUGAUUUGCUCGCAUCACAUCGCUUCGGCUCUGAUUAUUGACUAGUGCACGAAGCGAAACGAAGCGACUUACAAGUUACAACU